UCCAGUUAAGAUCAGUUGAAUGCCCUGAGAAUACAAUGGCCUGGAUGAAUGAGAAUAUUUAUAUGCAAUUACAACCACUGAUUCACUGAAAAUUGUACUUAAAAAAUAUUUUUCAAUCAAAGGGUCUUGAAAAAAGGGCUUGUCUUAUACUCGGGUCAAUGCAGUAAUUGCUUCUGUGUAUUGUGAGCAGCUGUAAAAUGUUUUAACUAUAACAAAACUCAAAUGGGUUUCAAUCUGAUUUCAAGUUUUAUAUCCAAAUUGUAAUUUUGUGAUGACAUUUUGAUGCAAACUACUGUAUAGUAUGUUGAAUGGGAUUUGUGUUAAGCUUGAUCAUCUACUACUACGACCGGCGGCCAGCCAAAGUUGUACCCCGCCUUUUACCCUACGGUAACUGGAAUAGGUUCCAGCUUCAGUGUGACCAUGUUUCUUUAUACCUUUGGGAAUUUUUACCAUUUGAAACGUUCCCACGUUACAGACGGAGGCCUCGCCAGAACCAUCAAUCGAACUCCUUCCCCGCCUGUGUCAUCUGGUGAAGGGGGAACACGGCUAUGGUUUUAACCUGCACAGCAACAAGGUCAAAUAUGGACAAUUUGUACGCUCGGUGGACCCCCACUCACCCGCCGAGUGUGCUGACAUGCGGCCAGGAGACCGACUGGUGGAGGUAAACGGAGUGAACAUCGAAUGCCUGAGGCAUACUGAGGUUGUGGCACUCAUUCGAGCAGAAGAGCGAGAAGUGCGUCUUCUGGUGGUCGACCAGGAAACAGACGACCUGUUCCACAGACUUGGCAUCACACCCACAGCACGACAUGUGUACAUGGACGAAUCCUCCACAGAAGUCGCCUCAUCCGCGCCUUCGCCCACCACUGAACACCUUUGUACCACAGAAUCACCCAUCGUACACGUCACACUGACGGACACCGCCAUCCCAAACAUGUCCCCCAAACCGCGAGCCAAUGGGAGCUAUGCAUCCCAGUCCUCAACCGGCUCUACCACCCAAUCCGAGAUCAGUAGCUCUGAUAUGAACUUCCAGGUCCCCGAUGAGGACUACAGGCGUGUUUCGGACCCUUUCAUAGACAGUGGUCUUCGUCUGAGCCCCACAGCGGCCGAGGCGAAGCAAAAGGUUCUUGCCGGGCGCAACAGAAAGAGGGCGCCCCCUAUGGACUGGAGCAAGAAACAGGAGAUCUUCAGCAACCUCUGAGUCCACAGAACUGAAAGAAUGCAGACUAUGAUUUAUGAAUUCUGACAUGUCAGCACCAUCAACUUGCGAGUAACUGAAACCAACAAGCAAGUAAAAACCGAACACCUCCAGCCAUAGCAAUAUUUUUAAGAAAGUGGGCCCUUACACUUAAUCGGUUCCAUUUGCAUGAAGAGGAAACUAUUUUAUCAUGCAUUUUAACUACAUUUCCUAUUAGAGAAAGUGUUGUGCACAUUGAUUUAAAUGCACAUUGAGAAAAAAUAUAAUUUUAAAGUAUUAAAGCACUGGAAAAAUUGCAAUGUUUUUGCCUGUGCCUGCUUCCUAAAGUUAGACUUGAUCAUAAAAUCUAAACAUUUUAAUAUUUCAUAUUUAUUUUUUGUUUUAUAUAUAUAUAUAUUUAUGUUAUUUCUUAUCCCAUUCACUAUACUUUAUUCUUAAAAGAACAGAGUGUACUGUAUUUUCUAGACUAUAGAGUAUUUAAGUCGCACCCACCAAAUUCCAUCUAUCCAUCCAUUUUCUACCGCUUGUCCCUUUUGAGGUCACGGGGGGUGCUGGAGCCUAUCUCAGCUGCAUUCGGGCGGAAGGCAGGGUACACCCUGGACAAGUCGCCACCUCAUCGCAGGGCCAACACAGAUAGACAGACAACAUUCACACACUAGGGCCAAUUUAGUGUUGCCAAUCAACCUAUCCCCAGGUGCAUGUUUUUGGAGGUGGGAGGAAGCCGGAGAACCCGGAGGGAACCCAUGCCGUCACGGGGAGAACAUGCAAACUCCACACAGAAAGAUCCCGAGCCCGGGAUUGAACUCAGGGAUACUCAGGACCUUCGUAUUGUGAGGCACAUGCACUAACCCCUGUGCCACCAAAUUAUAGAAGAAAAAAUAUUCACUUAUUUUAGCCGCACCGGACAAUAAAGCCGCAGAUAUAUACGAGAUAUUUGUAAAUGUUUAUUUACAUAUCUUAAUUGUUUCCAAACAGUGCCUGUAACACGGCAGUAAAACGGAUGAUCAAACAAAACAGAAGUCAUCGUCAUGAACCCGCUAGCUGCGGAAGCUAGCUCUCUAAUCAGCUAAAUAGACUCAAUAACUCAACGGUGAAGUUUUGGUGAAUUUACAAAACUGAAACAAUACAAAAAGAAUGUCAUUGUAAGUAAUACUAACACAGACACUUGUAAACUUGUAAACGUGUUAGCAUAUUUGCUAAUGCCCACAGCGCUAGCCAGAUUACACUACGGUAGCACAUACAAAUAUGCAUGAAAAAACUCCUACAGACAUCACACAUGGGAUGGUUUGCUAAGCAUGAAUUGUUUUAGUUAUAUUGUAAAACUUACAAACAUUGCUUGGAGUAAUGAAUGAAAAUCCUUUCGAGCAGAAACUCUGUGGACGAUUUUACUUCUGGUUCAAGGCACGAAACAGGAAGUACAUUUUCAACCAGCAACACCUACAGUGAGCAAACUCAUCCAAAAGAUGGCACCAUAGCACAAAUAAUAACACACCUUUUCAGUGUCUCUGUCGGUGUAAUAUAAAACGUUUUUGUUGAAUACAAGGUAUUAUGGCCGUUAACGAGGAAAAAUCCAUAAAUUAACCCCACCGUUCUAUAGGCCCCAGGGUUCAAAGCAUUGGAAAAAAGUAGCAGCUUAUAGUCCGCAAAAUACCGUAGUUAAAAUUCACACUUUAUUUGGGUCCUCAGUUUUUCUCUCACUCCUGUUAUCAUAACAACCCUUUGAAAAAUGUGAAACACUACACAAGUCACUUGAUCCACAGGAAGUUGCCCCAUUCAGAAAAAAUAAAAGACAUUUAAAUGUAAAUAAAUCGAUUUUUCUACAAAUCCCGAUUCUUAUUUUUUACGAUUAUUAAUCUAUUAAAAAAAUCCAAUAAUUGAUUGCUUUGUUUUUUGUUUUUUUUUUCAAAAAUAUGUCCCUUUCAGCCACUUUUGUAAAUGUUUGGGUAGAAUUUUAAUAAACAAAACCAGUUUUAUUUGAAGUAAUAUAUAAAUUAAUCAGAGUUGUUUAUUUAUUUUAUGGAGGAAUGAAGUUAUUCCUAGAACUGGCAAACAAUGUUAUUUAAAAAAAAAUAUUGAUUUUGAAUCGAGAAUCGUUUUGAAUCGAGAAUCGAUUCUGAAUUGAAUCAUUACCCCCAAGAUUCGAAUCAAAUUGAAUCUUGUGGUGCCCUACUAUUCGCAUAAAGGCAAUGCAUGUUUUUGCUAAUUGUAUACCUAAAAACUCUGUCUUGUGGCUGAAAUAAGUCAUCCUGGGAUUAGAAACAUUGUACAAAGAUCAAAUAAAGUUGCCUGCAAUGGGCCAACAGAAAUUAAGAGUAGUUCAUACGUCUAUUCUCAGAUUUAGAGUUGGAAAAAAAUACAGAAAUUUAAGAUUAUUUUGAGAGAGUUACAAUAAGCAAAUGGCACUGGUUCAGUGGAAUGGCUAUCACAAAAGACUGAAAGUGAUGUACAUGCAUACAUGAUCUGUUCUGUGAAAUGCUCACACUUCACUCUGUGGGCAGACACACACAUUAAUGACAAAUGUGACAUUGUGUGUGGACCAUACACAUAUUCUGUACUGUAAAGUAGUC